AUGCAGCGCAUACGUGCACUUAGAGUCGCCCCAGCAGGUUUCAGUAAUGACUUUGGGCUCCUUGAAUGCAGCGUUUGUUCUCUUUCCGUCGAACUCUAGUUUAAUAGCGGCUAGGACUGGCGUCUUGUCAGCGCCGCACUCACUUUUCGUCCGUCUACAGCCGUUUUCUCAUUUGUUUUGCCUUAUUAGGAUGACUUCUUGGCUCCGUCGAGCUGAAUUUUUUGAACCCUUUUUAGCACAAAGGUCUUGAACAGGAUAAAUUCGAAAAAAUCGGAAUUUUUGUGAGGAAACGUCUUCAUUAAAGAAAGGUAGAAAUCCCUAAAUUUGUCACUAAUCAAACGCGAAAACAUGAAAGUUGAUGCUUAUUACUUUUUCUUCUCGAAAAUAGCCCGAAUAGACAGUUUACUUUUCACCCUUUUUUGUAACUCCUAUGAGCGGUUUUUUUUUCCAAUGAUAAGUGUUUCUUUUUCAUUUUCGGGAUCAUUUUCUGAGUAUGUCCAGAAUAUUUACGUUUCCCAAUAGUGAUUUCUUCUUCAUAAAACUUACCUUUCCCUUCGAAGGUGAUGAAGAUCAUCACAAAAAGGUUUUAAAAAGGUCCUUUUCUAAAUCUUAGCUGCCAGCUUCCGAUAAUAAUAAUCAAAGCGAAACUAAUCCAUGUGUAUAAUUUAAAAAUAUGUCGAUUGGGAGGAUACAAGUACUACUCCGAAGGCCUUCGGCUCAAGCUGAUCGGUGGCCGUUUGUGAGCUAACAGGUACUAAGAUACUACCGGAAAGGUACCAUGUAGUCCGGCUUACGCUACCGGGUGGCUUUUCUGAGCUUUUUUUUUCCCGUUAGCUAAUUAGUUACUACCGAUUAGCUAACGCUGAUUGACCAGUGAAAUCAUGGUCAACAUGGUUUUUAUUUGCCAUUUUCAGAUAACCUUUUUGGUUUCAUUUUUGUAUUUUUUGUUGUCAGCUGUAAAAAAAUGUCAUUUAAAAAAAUAUGACUUCCAAUUUUUUUCAUUUCAUUGAGCUUUAUUUUAAUGGGAAAAACUUCAUAGAAGAAAAAUGGGAGUUAUUUUUAUGAUGAAACUCUCAUUUUGAAGACUUCCCGAGUAAUUCGCUAGAGGCUGAAAAAUUGAGGUCUAGAAGAUUCCAAGAAUGAACAAAAGGAAUAUUUCAAAAAUGUCGGGCAAAAACGUUCCUUGCCCCAAUCGGAAAGGUAUGUUUUUGCUACGAGCUUUAAAGGUAAAUCGAGCGAAAGUUUUCACUAUACUAUUUUACUAUUUUUAAGGUUAUGCAAAAUAGCGAGGUGUUUUUUUUCGCAAUCCAAGAGAAGCUGUUUUUUGUUUUGGCAAUGUGAGCCCGUAUCUCUCCUCGCGACUUUUACCUACGAACAAAUCCAAGUUGUAUUGAAGAUCGGAAUGAGUUGAGCGAUUCGUGAAGUCAAACGUUAAUUAAGCGACAAGGAAAAACUUUUUUCGAGAAUCGGAAACCGUCCUUGGAAAAUUUUUGACUCGAUUGCAAAGCACUGAUUGCUUCGUUCUCAUAUAGGAAUUUCAGAAAUUCUCGCGAGACCGAUGAGGUGAUAAAAAAGCAAAAAGGACGGUCGGAUUCAGAAGACGUCACUCGGCAGAAGAAGCAAGCCGGCAGCGAGAUGCAGCUCGAUUGGGUCAAGAAAGCCGGAAAGAAGGUUAGUUGUUUUGUCAAAACAGUUCUUUUUAUUAUUCUUAAAGUUCGAAACGUGUCGUCGAUGAAAAGGAAUCUCUCAAACUAUACUGUUUUUUUAAAGGUCAAGCACUCAAUUUUAAAGCUCCUUCUCAAUUAUACGCCGAAAAAUAUAUUGCAAUAUACGAGUUUCUCUGCACGCAUAAAAUGAAAAACAUAAUGAGCAAAGAAAAUUAAAAAAUUCCGUCUAAAUGUGCGUUUCUUUGCGGUCACAAUCUUUCAGCAAAGUCAAUUUCUCAAUAUAAUAAUUCUUGGUUAAAAAAAGCUUUGAUCGGAUUGAGUAGAGAUACUUCUCAAAAAACAGUCAUCGCCUUCAAAGGAAAGUUCAAAAAAUCUCUUCACAUCAUGAAAACUGAUCCGACAGAAAAGAGAUGUUAAACCAACUCGAAAUAUCAGAAUUUCUAAAAGCUCACAUAAACAUUGAAACAAAACUUCCUAGUUUUUUCUUUUCAUGGAAAAAAAAGUUCGGACUUUCAAGAACUCCUCUAGUAUAUCAAAGAGUGUUCCAGCCAAUUUUCAAAAGAUUACAAAGUUUCGAGUGCAAGAACUUCCUUGUCAGAGUACAUCCGAGCACUUCGUCUUGUGCCCUUUCUCAUCCUCAUUUUUCUUCCUGAUCGAAAAAAUUUAGUUCAGCUUCCUAAGAUCUGAAUUGGAGGCCUUUAUUGGUCCCUUUGGAGGCUCUCUUCACCCAUAAAAUUCAUUUUCGCCUCUUUUUUUCAAAGUUCAAUAGACUUCAUGUUUCUCAAAUAGUUGCUUGAGAUCUUUCGAUUUACAUCGUUUUGUCCUGCUAGCUGGAGAGUUCAAAGUGCGGAGAGGAAGUGCCGGGAGCCGAUUUGCCAGUCGAGAAUCUAUCAUGAACUUCCAGUCCCGACCCGCAUCUCAAUUGUUUUCGACGUCCCGUCAUUUAUUCAUGACCUCAAUGGCCCACAGUGGAGAGGUCCUGACACAACCGAACGUUUUUCUUUGGUUUCGAACCAACUUUUCUUCUGUCGCCUUGCUUAUUCUGCACAUCCUCGAAAUUUUUUGUAAUCAAAUUCUUUCAAUUUUUCAGAAUAGUUUUUGAGAAGAAAAACUUCAUUUUGAAAAAAAAUGUAACUCUAGGAAUCUUGUUACCUAAUCUAAAAAAAUCCUUGCGUGAGAUUUCUGUGAACAUUUCUCUCCCUAAUCUAACAUAUUUUUACUCCAAAAGCUUGAAAUGUUCACAACUAAUGCGUGCUUUAAACAGAAAAUAUUUUAGUUUAAAAACUCAUGCCCUUAUAAGCGUUUUUGAAAAGACAUUAGAUUUAAAAGGUGAAAAUUUUCUUCAAAAGAAACGCGCGGCGUUCAAAUUUGACUCAGACUUGCUCCGAAGAAAAAUAGAAAACGUAGGUCUUUCUUCCUUUUCGAUGGAAGUUCUUGGAGAGUGAACUUCAUAAGUUCUUUGAGUGUAGGUUGAAAACUGGUGAAAAAACUUCGACAAAAGCUCGAGAAUAGCCAAAAAUGUUGACGCCGGCGUUAAAUUCCACUUUCACAUUGAGAGCAAAAUAAAAUAAGUUUAUUUUCAUGUGAACUUAAUUUUUUUCGAGACAUGAAUAGGAAAAUUUCUUAUCCGAUUUACUCGCCAACCAUAUUGAGUCAGUUUUUUUUUUCGCCCAGCUCGAAUAAAUAAUCCAAAAGGUCGAAAAAAAAAUAUUUUGGUUUCAUCUACGGCUUCUCCGCAAGCAACUACGUGACUGCGAAAAAAAAAACCUUUUUUUAGUAAAAAAAAAAAUAAAAUCUUUCCGCAUACUUAUAAACGUGUUAGCGGUCCAAUCCUCGAAAGAAUUAUUUUUGCUCAAAAUUUUGGAUAAAAGAUUUGAAAUCCGAAACCUAAAGGUCGAGAGUACUCGAGGCGGUUACCUGAGCGGCGGGAAAAGCCUCAUUUGUCCUUGCAGGCCAUUAUCUGGACCAUCUACUUACGUCGUUUCUCUUCUCGUGUACUUCUCCGCGUCUCCUGGCAACUCUUUGACUUUUGAAGCUUUUUGUCCAUUGAAUUUGUUUCUCCGUUAUGAAUUAUUGUCACAUUUGUAAGCCGAGAGAAUGAAGCUGCGGUUGAAGCGCGACAGUAAACUGCUUCGUCCUGGGGAUCUCAUUACCAGGGUAAGCCAUCGUCAAAAUUCCAAUUGACACCGAUUAUUCAUAUUCGAACUAACGUUGAAGACGCAAAUAACAUGAAUGAAAAACGGUUACAGAAACACUUGUUGAAUUCAUUUGCGGAAAUAGCCAUAUUAUCAAAUAACCAAUGAAAUGCAAACUCGUUUUCAAAAGCUGUCUAUUAUUCUCGCAGUAUGAAACAUAGAUUAUCAGUCAUCAAAUAGAAAAUUGCACCAAGUAAUUCACGUCAAAAAAAUUUUUUUAAUAUUUUUCGUUACAGAGUUUUCUAAUUUUCGCAAGAAAGGGGUGGUUCUUUAAGUGAUGACUCACUGAAAACUUUUUAUGCAAAUUUUUUUAAACGGAAAAAUUUUGCAAGAAUGUUCAAUUUUGCGAUCAGAAUAGCCUAUGAGUUUUUUUCUUGCGACUGAACUGGAAAGCGACUGCCCGCGAUAUUGGGAGAGACCUUCGGGAAAAGAAAGAAUAAGAUGGCACUGAUCUCACGGAAGGACUUCAGGCAACGCCACUCUUCGUCCACUUUCUGAUGGUGGUUAGCGUGGGUCUGUAUGCCAUCUUCGGCGCCGUGGUCAUGCGAAAGCUGGAGUCUCGCGUCGUCGUCCAGAUGCCGUCAGAAGCCUCGCCACAACGACGUCACGCUCCUUUUGUCCACGAGACACAAGAAACCGCCGGUUAAAUUACUUUUUCACGAAAACUUAUUUUGUGUUCUCAGAACUAUUUAGCCACGAUAACUAUAUUUAAUUUGAAGCUAGAAAGUAGCUGUAGUGAAAUUUUUGGAAAAAAGCUUUAUAUAUCUCGCGGGAAAAAAUUUCAACGACUCCUACAAUGUUUCUGACGCAUGAAAAUUAAAGGCACACUGACUAUAAAAUGGGUUUGAUUAUUUAUGACUUCGUGGUCAUGAGGUUGCGAAUUAAGAGGGAUUUAGUCUCCCUAGUUCAUAUUUUUUUAUUAUUACUUUAUUCUAGUUACUUAUAAAUCAAAUAACUGGGGUUUACGAACCUUCCUUUUCAAGAUUGGAUAGCGAGGCUGAUAAACAGCGGUCCGAAGCACAAGCGUCGACGGCGACACAACGAAACCGAGGAUGACGUUAUCGAGAAGUUCACAAAGUGCCGUUUUUUUCCAAAUCCCCAUUCCAAAAGGUUCUUUUGAGAGACUUGAGUCCUCGCGAGCGUCGUGCAGCCGCCCAAGUGAUGCGGAGCCGUCGUUGCGUCAUAUCGACGAUAAAGGUGAAAACUUCGAUUCAAUAAUUUGUGAGAUGGACAUAUAUCUCAGUCGCCAACACAUUAAACAGUCUGACUUUUCUGUAAAACCACUGUUUAUCGAGUUUCUUCUCAUCUCGAAAGAACGCAUAUUUGCAGAGAAACAUUGAAAUUUUUGACGAAGAGUUUCAGAAGUUAUCGUCGGAGGAAUGCCGCGUGACCGGGUUCGACGAGGCGCUGGUCAAGGAGCUGGACGACUGUUAUCACGUCGCCGUCGAGCACGACACUCACGUCAAUCACGUGCUUUUCACCAACAGCCGUGAGCAAGUCGAGACCGGUUUGUCCAGCUCCUCGUCCCUACCUCAGUUUUGUCGAUUUUAAGUGGUGGAGGACGAGGUCGAGACCAUUCAGGCCUGGUCUUUCACUGACUCGUUGCUCUUCGCUUUCACCGUCAUCACUACCAUCGGUUAAUUUUUUUUUCUUGAGAAUAAAUGUUCUUAAGUUUCAGUCGCAAGAGGUCAAAUGGUAACGAAAAUCUCCUUUUUUUCAGGCUAUGGCAAUGUUGCUCCACGGACAUUCGGCGGAAGACUUUUUGUGAUAAUCUACGGACUCGUGGGGAUCCCUUUCACUCUCCUCGCGAUUGCAGAUCUCGGAAAGUUCAUCUCCGAGAUGAUGCUGUUGGCUACGAAUUUCUUCAAAAAGUGGUACCAGUGAGUAUACAAAAAUAGGAGAAAUAAGAAUCCAAAACAUAUCAGGAAAGCAAAAAGGAUAUACAAGCGCCGGAGGAAACUUCUUUCGGCUCGAUAUCCGAAAAACUUUCCAAACGGCUCCUGCAAGGGUAUUUGGACAGACAAGGAAAUUGAAGAAGAGGCUCUCGAAAAAGGAAAAGUUGGUUUAUUUUGAUUUAAAUUAAAAUUCAUUUUCUUGAAGCUUGGUGAUGACACGGCCAGCACGAAUAGCGGAGAGAGCGAGGAAAGCGAAGACGAAUUGACGGAGACGCAGGCUUUGUCCCUCUUCAUCCUCUUCCUCGUCUACAUCGCAGCCGGUCUGUAGAAUAUCGUUUGAAAGUCAAGCCCGUUCAGGUGGCUUCAUGCUGGCUUCGUACGAGCCCGACAUGGACUUUUUCAAAGCCGUUUACUUCAAUUUCGUGACGUUGACUUCGAUCGGCUUGGGCGACAUUGUGCCGCGCAGGUUUUCCUCUCUUCUGGUCCAUUUCGUUAGAAAAAGACUUCAGCGAAACGUACAUGCUGGUGACGAUCGUCUACAUCGCAAUCGGACUCGCUUUGACAACUAUAGCCAUUGAAAUAGCGGCAGACACAUUGAAAAAGCUGCACUACUUCGGACGCAAGAUCGAGAACGUCGGCAACGUCGCCAUUUGGUUCGGCGGAAAGAAGUUCUUGAGGCAGCUGUACUGAGUUUUCAUUGGAUCUUUACAGAAUAACGAUGAAAGCUCUGGUGAAAAAUCUCGGAGACCAGUUCAAUCUUCCGACAAACGUCGUCAAAAACCUCAACCUCGAUACUUUUGUCGAGCAAGCCAUCAAAGUGGAGGAAGGAGAAAUCGAAACUUUACGGGUACGUCCAUCGUAUAGCUUUAUAUCAAUUCUGAAUGAUUUCUGACAGAUUAUAGUUUAUUUUACCUAGCCAAUUUUUGAUAAGAGAGUAUCUUACAGCCUCCACCGUUUCAACCUGAAACAGAGGAGAUUGGCGGUUACAUGGAUGACGUCGACGACGUCGGUUAGUUCUGCGGAGCACGUUUUCACUUCUUUUUUUCACACACGCACAAAAUCAGUUUUUUGAAGUGUCCUGAUUGCUUUUGCAAUGAUAAAACUGUGAACAGCGUUUUUCGAUGCACAUUGUCAGUUUUUGAUGAAUUCUAGAGCCUUGGAUCCGUGAUCCAACGCCAACACCGAUGCCUUCACCUCGACCUGAACCUAAAUAUACUCUUCAAAUGCCACAACCAGAACCAGAGCCUGAACCCGAGCCUGAGCCUGAACCUGAGCCUGAACCUGAGCCAGAGCCAGAGCCUGAGCCAGAGCCAGUUGAUCCCACACCGUCACCAUCACCAGAACCAUCGCCAGCAAGAGAAACUCCCUCGCCAGAAAUUGAAGGUUGUAGUUCGACUCAAAAAAUGGUUUUCUGAGUGUUUUAUCAAGUCAAAUUAGUUAUUUUUGAAGUGUGAUGCAGUGCCAAGAAUACAUUAUGCGAAGUUUUUCGAUGAAUUUCUAAACUCUCCAUUCAGAAGAACCAGAGCCCGAGCCGGAACCAGAGCCUGAGCCUGAACCUGUGAGAGAGCCAACUCCCAGAGAGCCGAGUCCUUCGCCGCCAAAAACUCCCUCUCCACCUCCAAGGUAGCAUUACUUCUAAUCCAGAGUUGACUUCGAAUUCAGAGAACCGACACCAGAACCUGCUCCUCCUCCGCCGAGUCCUCCUCCUAAAAAACGUGAGUUUUCCGUCUCGAAAAGUCAUUUCCAACGAAAUUUCCGUAGCUCGAGCUCUGACUGCGGCUGAAAUCGCUGCCCAAAAACGGAAGGCGUACAGCGAGGAGGCGUGGCGGCGCUACCAAGAAUAUCAAAAGGCUCGAUAUCAUUUUUCGAUUUUCUGGGUGUUAUUAUGAACAGUUCAAAGUCUGAAGUUUAGACAAUGUUGUGAUUAAAAUCUUUUAUUAAAUCAAUCUACAUUUUUUGACCAAAAACUGGAGGCAUUUUCCCUGAAUCACAAAUUUGACCAAAAACUGGAGGCAUUUUCCCUGAAUCACUUAUAUACUGAAAUAGGAAAUAAUAUUAAUUUUGAGCAAGUUAUGUCAAAAUAUCCCGAUGAUAAUUUAGUUUUUGAAGAUACUUCUACUUUUUACUGGGAUAAUCUCAACAAGUUGCAGCAGUGGAAAAAGUUCCGCCAGACUCAGAAGGUGCCCGGAGCCCCCGGUCCGAGUACUUCGGGAGGGAGCAGCGCUGCUCGCAAAUCCAUCAGCAACCUGUCGAUGGCGAGUGGCGUCGCCGGCGGACAGACGUCCUCCUCCACGCGCAGCGGUUCCGUCGCCUCCGUUCGCUCCGGACGCGGUUCUUCGCGUUCUGGCACGCCCGACAGUUCCACCAAAAAGUGA